AUGUUUAAUCAUGGAAAUGGACAGAAGUCACCACAAGAUGACAUUGGUGGUCUAGGAGGGGAAUUCUGCCAGUGGUACUUUGAACUCCUGAACUCUCAGCACCCUCUGGGAGUAAAAUCUGAAGAGACAUGGGGCCCACAGCAUUUUUGGGAGGAUGCCAAACUGAAGUUCUGUUACAACACUUUGGAGAAAAACGUGGAACAGUAUGUGGGUGCAGCCAUGGUGAGCCUGCGCCUGCUGUCCUUGGUUAAAGAAGAAUGUCUCCUCUUCAACCCAAAUUUGCAUUCCAGUGGCCUGAAAUGUGCCAUGUCCCCUCAUGGAUUGGUGCUGGUGGCAGUGGCUGGCACAGUGCACAGAGACAAUACUUGUUUGGGUGUCUUUGAGCAAAUCUUUGGGCUCAUCAGCUGCCCCAUGAGGAAUAACACCUGGAAAAUAAAACUGGUGAACCUUAAAAUAGUAGGACAGAACGCUCUGGAGCCUGGGAUGCAAAUUGAAAAACCUUCCAUAAAAUAUGAGUCAAACCAACUGAGAGAAUUCUAUGAUGGGAAUGACCUGACUGUGUUUGAACCUCAAAAAUUCUGAGCGCUUUAUCAAGCUGUGGGAGGGGCUGGGUUGUUGCUGCCAUGCAGUUUUUCUUCUCUGAGUAAGAUUUGCUGAGUGGCAAGCUGAGAUACAGGGUAUUAACACAGCUGAUGCUUAUGAGCACUUUCCAAGAGCUAACAAAUAUUUCAUGGGUAUUCCUUCAGGUUUGGCACUGUCAUUACAGUGGAGUUUGGUUACAUUUAAAUAUGAGUUUGCAGCAGUGUGUAAUGAGGGGUUCACAGACAGCAAAUUCUCUUCAGAACACCAGUUGAAACUCUUAAUCUGAGCUGUAGCAGGAAGUCAUUGCAUCUGGCUUUUGAAAUUUGGGUGGGGUAAGUGUCUAAAGGACAUCUGAGUCCCCAGAAAUCCCAAACCAAAACACUGUGAAUGGAGGUGGAUGCACUGUGAAUGUGGAUGUGCUGUGGGUAUUCCAAACAUGGUUUGAUGGGACAGUGCAGGGAACUUGGCAUUGUUCAAGUAUUUUUUUUAAACAACUCUGCAUUAAUUGCUUCCUGUCCUUUUACCUUGUGGUUGCAAUUUUGUCUUGAAUAUACACAAAUUGUCCUGUCUGUGUCCCCAAGCAGACAAGCUCGAGAUGGUUGCCCAUUUCUAGCACUGGACCAAGAACUUGAUUUCAACACUGUAUGAACCAAAUGCUCUGGUAGUUAUUUUGUAUAUAAUUACAACAGAGUCCUUAAUAUAAUAGUUGUGAUUUUUGUAUGUUUUCUCAAAAAUAAGUAUUUUGUUUACUCUGAGCUGCUUUAUUACAGGUACUGAAAGUCCAUUUGUUACCACUGGGUGGUUACAAUGAUAGGUCACACUAA